AUGCGUUUCUCCGCUGCGUUCGCAGCACUCGUCAUCUUUGUGGCUGUUGCUACUUUUGCUUUCGCAGAGCCGACGUCUGGGGUCGACUCCGUGGAGGUCAAAGUCGUUCGUCGAGCACCCAGCAUUCGGGUCGAAAACGACAAGGCAGCCAUUGAUGAGCCUCGCUUCCAGAAUGACGGACUUUCGGCAUCGCCUCUCGAACUCGCUCGUCGUCAACCCCACAGCGAAUCGGGGUCGAGUGCAAAGUCCAAGCCUCGCCUUCGUCUCUCUAAGCGCGCACAGGCGAAGCUUAACAAAAGAACCAAGAUGGCUGCCGCGACUGCCUAUUCAGCUCCUAUCGGCAAGCGCGCUUCGCAAAGUGGUCAUGAAGUUGUGACCGUGCUGGUUGCGCGCAAUGUACCCAUGGGACUCAUUCAUCAAGCUCUCAAGAUGAACAUGGAACGUCGCGAGGAUGCACCUUCCUCUGUAGGCGACGGAGGUGAAGCUUCCAUCGAGCGACGAGAGCUGUCCAUGCUGGACCCUCGCUGCUUCGGCAUGAGCGAUAAGGACGUGCUCCACCAUCCUUACGAGGAUCGCAAAUACAUCCGCUCACAGAUCAGAGCGUCCGAAAAAGCUGCGAAGAAGAUCGUCAAGGCUGCCAGUUGGAAAAGCGAGGCGCACAUGACCGAAGAUAGACGUCCCAGCAAUCGAAGCCUCCUUUCGCAGCUUUUUAGAUAUUUCUCUCCUCACAAGCGCAGUCUCGAAGAGGAAGAGGAGCAUCAACGAUCUCAAGAUCUCUCCAAGCGAGAGUUGUGUAGACGCGAUGACCCUACCUCGAUGCUCGAUCCGCGCUGCGGCUACGAUAGCGAUGCCGACUCGGACGACGGUCGCCGUAUCAGAAAGGUCGGCAAGUCCACCGCAUCCAUCAGAAAGGCUUGGAGCAGUGUGGAGGCUGGUGCCAACUACUUCCAUCUGGGUCAGAUCAGGCGCCCGCAUCUGGGAGGCAUCUGGAACAAGCUGACGAGGUACUUCAAGAUUCAUCGACGUGGACUGGACAAGCGCGAAGAGGAGCAGCACGAGCUGUUCCUGAGAGACUUUUGUAGACGAGACAUUUUGCGCGUCUCGAUGGAAAGAAGACAAGCUCGGGAGCUGGAACGUCGUCAAGUCCGAUCGGCGUCUGGCGGUGAUGUCGCUUGA